CUCUCGAGGUCACAACACGUAUGCACGCAGUCCUGUACACGCAUUUAAAAUGAUAAUCUUCCAUAGAGUCUUCUGAAGUCAUAAAUGUCAUCCCCAAUAACAAACGGCAGUAAUGUGCGUGUAUAUGCAUGAUUUUAUUUGGACUUUAUGGUCUUAUUUUGCCCCUACAUGACGCGGCAGUAUACAUUUGUAGCGCAUGCGGAGUACGUGGAAAGAUCGAUGUCAUUCAGACUAGAUGGACGACAACAGGUGCUUUGACGUUCUACCCCGAGUCGUCGAAGGAGUGGAAGGAGGAGCCGGGUGGGCCACCUUCAUUAACAGAGCUUCAAAAUGGCAGAAAGUGUGAGAGUGGCCCCACAGACGGAAAAAUCCAUGUCUUUCCGUUCCCAAAAGGAAAUGUUUGAGAAAAUGGAGGAGUCUUUCAAAGUGUGCGCGCAAUGUGAGAAGAGUUCGGAACAGCUGGCAACACCGCAAAGGCUAAAGCGCUGUUCCAGAUGCUUGAAUGUUUACUACUGCUGCAAGGAGUGUCAAAAGGGCAACUGGGCCAAACACAAGAGGUUCUGCUCACAGCUGCGUCUGGCUGCCAUUGACAGAGUGGUGGAAUGGCUUGUGUUCAAAGGAGAUCUUCCCUUCCCAACUGACAAGUGGUCCAAGCCCGAGUCCGAGAUAAAGAGCUGGGACCAGUGGCUCGCCAUGCAGGGGGAUCUCAGCGCUCGCCUGCAUCCCAUCUUGACUGGAGCGAACAUGAAGGCCUUGUGGAGCGACGCGGACAGGCCUCGACCUGAAGAUGAAGACUUGAAGCAGUCCCUGUGGAGGGUCUGCAGCGAGUUCUUCUCCAGGCCUCUCACCAUCGCCUGGGGGAUGAGGCUCUUCGCCCUGAACCCUUAUUCCAAACCUCUCACCGUCCACCUGGUGGGAGCCGGCCAGAGCGAGACUCUGGCGGCAAAGCUGACGGAUUAUGACGAGCUCAACAAGAUGUACCCCGGACACCAGGGGAUAGAAAUCGUCAUGGUGGGACCGGAGCUGGUGAAGGGGCCCAUCAUCAGGCCUCCGCUCAGGGCCUUUGGGCCGAGGCAGAGGGUCUACAUCAGCGCCUACAAGGGCCUCUACCAUCAGUUCUGGGAGGAAGUGGUCGAAAAAGAGGAAGCGGCCAAGCCGGACCUAGUGGUCGGAUUUCAUCCCGGGUUUGACGCCAGUCAGGAAUUGGAACAGGGUUGGCUUCCGACACUACUACUUCUGAGGGAUUAUGAGAUCCCAUCGAUGUUUACUGCUCUGAGCGACGCCGAAAUGAGCUACUCUUUGCAGAUCCUGCUGGAAUUGGAGGUGAACAUGAAGGGAAGUGGAGCCAACCCCUUUGCUUCACUCAAACCAGAAGUGGUGGGCUCGUGUCCAAACAAGGCGCCCGUAUACUGGAACUCAAACUACUUUUGCUUUCGAGGUCUACUGGAGACUGCACAGUUUGAGGAACCAGACGAGGCCUAAUGGCCACAGAUCUGUCCGUGCAGUUCUCUACCUCAUGUUAAUCACAGUUUUGAACUACUCGUUUAAACACUGCGUAGUAGUGACUGUCUAUUCUUGUUUGAAAACAAGAAAAUCUUUAUUUUUAAAAAUAAAAAUAAAUAUAUGAGGCUAAAAUACAGCUCAUAAGGUCA